UGAUCUUUUAAUUACUAUUUCUUUUUCUGUUGUGUGUAUUUGGUUUUUGUGAUUCAGAACUCAUGUUCUUUCCAUCAAAUCCCUAUUUUCCACAAUCGUUGUUUUCUCUUUCGGAAUAUAUAUGUCGCUCGAUUUCGGGUUAAUUCUUGUAUGUUUUUGCAGCAAAGUUGACAACUUGAGCAUUUUGAAGUGCGUAUAUUGGAGGAGGAGAAUGGAAGAGCCCGGGCAGAUAAAGAGGGCUCUGAUUGAUGCGUCCGCUGGUGCGAUUUCUGGUGCUAUUUCAAGAACCGUCACGUCGCCACUUGAUGUGAUUAAAAUCCGAUUUCAGGUUCAACUGGAACCCACUACCCAGUGGGCUUUGCUUCGGAGAGAUGUCUAUAAUCCAGCAAAAUAUACUGGUAUGCUGCAAGCAACCAAGGACAUAUUUAGGGAGGAAGGCUUACCGGGAUUUUGGAGGGGUAAUGUCCCAGCCCUACUUAUGGUUAUGCCAUAUACAGCAAUACAAUUUACAGUCUUGCACAAAUUGAAGACAUUAGCUUCUGGUUCGUCCAAGUCAGAGGACCAUAUAAAUAUAAGUCCAUAUCUUUCUUACGCUAGUGGAGCAUUAGCAGGAUGCGCUGCCACAGUUGGAUCAUAUCCAUUUGAUCUUCUCAGGACCAUUUUAGCUUCACAAGGGGAGCCUAAGGUUUAUCCAAAUAUGAGGUCGGCAUUUGUUGAUAUACUUGAAACGCGUGGUAUUCGAGGGCUGUAUGCUGGAUUGACACCUACACUGGUUGAGAUAGUUCCUUAUGCUGGAUUGCAAUUUGGAACCUAUGACACGUUCAAACGUUGGACAAUGGCUUGGAAUCGAUACAGAUCUCAUUAUGCUACCCAAGCUGAGGAUGCCAUCUCAAGCUUCCAGCUUUUCCUCUGUGGAUUAGCUGCUGGAACGUGUGCUAAAGCUGUUUGUCAUCCUCUAGAUGUGGUGAAGAAGAGGUUUCAGGUUGAAGGGCUGCAACGCGACCCAAGAUAUGGGGCUCGAGUGGAGCAACAUGCUUACAGAAAUAUGCAUGAUGCCCUUCGACGAAUUCUACAUGCAGAGGGCUGGGCCGGUCUUUACAAGGGCAUAGUUCCGUCCAUUGUGAAAGCAGCACCAGCUGGUGCUGUAACAUUUGUUGCUUAUGAAUUUACAUCGGAUUGGUUAGAGUUGUUAUUGACUUGAAAUUUUUUGGGUUUUUUGCCUUUUGGGAUCCGUUUGUCCCAAUCCUUCAUUCUUUCUUAUCAUAGCAAUUUAGGUCCACUGUGUCUUCAAUUGCUCCCGUCGUAAUGAGGCAGUGAGCAUGUAUGUUUUGGACUAGUUAGCAUUCAUAUAUACGCGUAGUUAUAACCAGAAAAGCAGCAGUUUCGUUGAGAUUUAGGUUCGGAUGACACAUCUAAUUCAAUCUUUGUAAUUCUUAGACUAAUAACAAGGUUCAUAUUUGUUGGUCAAAUAUC